CAAAGCAACUCAGACAGAAAGACAGAGAGGUGCUAAACGUGAUUCGUAGGACGUGAAAUCAUGAGAGGACAACUCUUGCGGUAUUUGCCUGCCCUUUUUUUGGGCAGCCUUCUCACUACUUUUAUCCACUAUGCUGUCAACAAUGACUGGAAUCUUCUCAACACACAACCUCAGCAACACCAUGUAAAGAACAAAAUCACUGGCACCUCUAAGGAAAUCAAGGAGAAAAACAAAGGAAUAGAAAUUUGCUCUGAAGACUCUCAAGUCUGGAAACAUGAAAAUCAAAAAAUCAACAAGAAGAAACGUCAGCAAAAUAGUUUUCAGUCUUGUCAAGACUGCAGGAAGAAAAUAGAAGAAAUGCUACAGAAUUACUCACAACCCUGGGUUAAAGACGAAGAAAAGCUUCUAGAAAUCAGGACUGAGCUUAGCCUCAAGUGCAAUGGUUUGGAGAACGCCAUCAUAACCCAGAGAAACAGUCCACUGGGAUCAAAGAUUGACUUUGAUGGGAACAAUUGGCGUUCUGUCAAAGUGGACCCAGAAACUUUUGCCACAUUUGCCAAAACGCGUCAGAUCUUGAAUAAAACGUUGCAUUCAUGUGCUGUUGUUGGGAACGGAGGAAUCCUGGCAAACAGCAAGUGUGGAAAUGAGAUUGACUCAGCUGAAUUUGUGAUCAGGUGUAAUCUGGCUCCUUUGUUAAACGGAUAUGAGGAACAUGUUGGGAAGAAAACAGACAUUGUGACAGCAAACCCGAGCAUUUUAACUUAUAAGUAUAGCUCUCUUUUAGGACAUCGACGCAGGUUUGUGGAGAGUCUAUGCCAAUAUGGCAAUGCUACACUGCUGCUUCCUGCAUUCUCCUUUGCUAAAAACACAGCACUGUCUUACCGGGUUAUUAGCGCAAUUGAGGACUUUGAAUUGCCCAUCCAGUCUCUUUUCAUGAACCCAAACUACCUUCGGAGUGUGGCUGAUUUUUGGAGCUCUUACGGAGUGCAGGGAAAACGUCUCACCACGGGUGCCAUGAUGGUCAGUCUGGCGCUGGAGCUGUGUGACAACGUGGAUCUGUAUGGAUUCUGGCCUUUUGAUUUUCACCCACACAGCUUCAAAGGCCUGACUCACCAUUAUUAUGACAAUAUAAAAGCUAAAAAGCCUGUACACCUCAUGCCAGUUGAGUUCAAUUUUUUGUUGCAGUUGCACAAUCAAGGUGUGCUGAAACUACAUUUACGGGAAUGUGAAUCAGAGGAUUAAGACAUAUCUCAUGAUGAGAUUAUUUGCAGGCCUUGAUAGUUUCAUAAACUUGUUUUGUUCUGCUUUGAAGUGAUCAGAACUUUAACCCUACUAACAUAAAAUUGUUAAUAAUUUGUUAUGUGAACAGACUUACAGUCAAGUCAUCCAUAGAGCUGUCAAAUAUCCUCAAAGUUGUACUUUUUAAAGCAUCAUGCGUCUUAUAAAAUUUUAUUGUACACACCAGUGCAUGUCCCUGAAUGUGACAGUUUAACACACCAGCAGAAACAGUGAUUUAGAUGUACCAGGUAAAACAGGAAAAGCAACAAGACAGAAACCUGUGGAAGGUGCGUGGCUGCAAAUUUAAGUCAUGGUAAAAAUAAAGUUCUGCAUCUCCAAGUUAUAGGGGCUUAGAUAUUUCAUAGUUGUCCAAGCAUUUUUGGGGUGUAAUACAUUUUUUUAGUUUCUUCUUAAAUGUAUUUAUUUAUUUAAAGACUUGGUUCUAUGGAAUGAUGAGUGAUUUUGUACAUUUGAGGUUAGCUUUAAGUAGUUUUAGAAAGUGGGAAAGGUAGAUCAUUUAUUUGUUUCACACCUAAAACUGACUGUGUAUCUUAUUUUUUUUUCUAUUUUUACAACAUCAAUCAGCUGAAAACACUUGAGUUCCUUUAAAUCAAAGCUAAAAACCCACCGGCUUAGAUUACCUUUGAUUAAUGCUAAGUAAUAAUUAAUUCCAGUCUUAAUUGAAUAUUUGGUCAUGAUUAUUAUUGAUGAUUUUGAGGAUUUUUGACAACACGUAGU